AUGGCUCUUGGCGACGAAACGACAGUCCCUCAAGGUUCUAGCCGCUAUUCGAUAAUCAAUUGCACUGCGCCUGAGCUGCUCGUUCUUACAGAACCAGCACCACUACACACCAGAGAAAGCGACAUUUGGUCUCUGGGUUGUACUGGGAUGGAGCGGACACCGGCUCUAUCAUAUUAUUCCUCCUAUUCUGUAAACGCCGUAUUAAGCAACGAAGUCCCCUUCAAGGAGUUUCGUAUGGGAGGCCCAGAAUGA